CGCAUCGAAGAUUGCGAGGCCGAGUUUCUCUCUUCUUCUUAUCCACAGCCUUUCAAACCCUAGAAAUUCGCAAAUUUCGAGCUUGUCUAAUUCUGAAGAAGCUAAAUUCUCGAGGAUCUUCAGGUUGAGGACUGCGUGUGACUUUUAGAUUCAGAGUUGAGUCGUGUGGAGUCUGGAUAUACAAGCUCUGUCUUGUCUCUGCUUAAUGGAAUUGAAAGCCUGUGCUCUUCUGGCUCCACUGCUCGUGUACUUGUGAUUGAAUAUAUAAAUUAUUUUGCGUUUUUAGAAUUCAGUGGUCCGUAUGUCUUCUUUGAGCAGAGAAUUGGUGUUUCUCAUUCUCCAAUUUCUGGAGGAGGAGAAGUUUAAAGAGUCUGUGCACAAGCUUGAGAAGGAGUCUGGGUUUUUCUUCAACAUGAAGUACUUCGAGGAAAAAGUCCAGGCUGGAGAAUGGGAAGAAGUUGAGAAGUACUUAACAGGCUUUACUAAAGUUGAUGAUAAUCGAUACUCCAUGAAGAUUUUCUUUGAAAUCAGAAAACAAAAAUAUCUGGAAGCACUUGAUAGGCAAGACAAGGCAAAGGCUGUUGAGAUACUAGUAAAUGAUUUAAAAGUGUUCUCCACUUUCAAUGAGGACCUAUAUAAAGAAAUUACCCAGCUGUUAACACUUAAUAAUUUCAGGGAGAAUGAUCAGCUGGCCAAGUAUGGUGACACUAAAACAGCUCGAAGCAUUAUGUUGAUAGAGCUGAAAAAAUUGAUAGAAGCAAAUCCUCUAUUUCGUGAUAAGCUUCUCUUCCCUACUCUUAAAUCAUCGAGAUUGAGGACGUUAAUCAAUCAAAGUUUGAACUGGCAGCAUCAGCUUUGCAAAAAUCCAAGACCAAACCCAGAUAUUAAGACUUUAUUUACAGAUCACACAUGUUCACCUCCUAAUGGUCCUCUAACACCUACACCUGUCAAUCUUCCAGUUGCUGCAGUUGCAAAGCCUGCUGUUUAUACAUCACUUGCUGCUCAUGGUUCCUUCCCACCUGCUGCAGCUUCUGCUAAUUCUAUAGCUGGUUGGAUGGCCAAUGCUUCUGCUUCAUCAUCUGUCCAAGCAGCAGUUGUCACUGCAUCAUCCAUGCCUGUUCCUCAGAAUCAAGUGCCCAUCUUGAAACGUCCAAGAACACCUCCGGCAGCCCCUGGCAUGGUUGAUUAUCAGAAUUCUGAUAAUGAGCAGUUAAUGAAAAGGCUUCGGCCAGUUCAUUCUGUGGAGGAGGUUUGCUAUCCUACAGCUCGACAAGCUUCUUGGUCACUGGAUGAUCUGCCAAGAACAGUGGCUAUGACACUGCAUCAAGGAUCCUCUGUUAACAGCAUGGACUUUCAUCCUUCACACCAGACGUUACUUCUUGUUGGAUCUACUAAUGGUGAAAUUGCCCUAUGGGAACUUGGGUUGCGGGAGAGGUUGGUUUCAAAGCCAUUCAAGAUAUGGGAUCUAUCAGCAUGCACAUUGGCAUUUCAGGCAGCUGUUGUCAAAGAUGCACCAAUUUCUGUCAGCCGUGUUAUGUGGAGCCCAGAUGGAAAUUUUGUUGGUGUUGCAUUUAGCAAACAUUUGGUUCACUUGUAUGCCUAUACUGGAUCAAAUGAGCUGAGCCAACGAUUGGAGAUUGAUGCCCAUACUGGUGGCGUGAAUGAUUUGGCAUUUGCUCAUCCAAAUAAACAACUAUGUAUUCUGACCUGUGGUGAUGAUAAGAUGAUAAAGGCGUGGGAGUUAAAUGGACGAAAACUAUUCACCUUUGAAGGGCAUGAAGCACCUGUCUAUUCCAUCUGUCCUCAUCACAAAGAAAACAUUCAGUUUAUAUUUUCAACUGCUGUUGAUGGAAAAAUAAAGGCCUGGUUGUAUGAUAACAUGGGUUCCAGAGUUGAUUAUGAUGCUCCAGGUCACUGCUGUACCACAAUGCUUUACAGUGCUGAUGGAAGUAGAUUGUUUUCUUGUGGAACAAGUAAAAAUGGAGAAUCUUUCCUAGUUGAAUGGAAUGAAAGUGAAGGAGCCAUUAAGAGGACAUAUCAUGGGUUCAGAAAGAAAUCAAAUGGUGUUGUGCAGUUUGACACAACGCAAAAUCGCUUUUUGGCUGCAGGUGAAGAUGGCCAAAUAAAGUUCUGGGAUAUGGACAAUGUUAAUCUUCUGACAAGCACUGAUGCAGAGGGUGGACUACAGAGCCUUCCACGUUUGAGAUUUAAUAAGGAAGGAAAUCUUCUUGCUGUUACUACUGCGGACAAUGGAUUCAAGGUACUUGCAAAUGCUGUUGGUCUGAGAUCCUUAAGGGCAAUGGAAACUCCAGCGUUUGAAGCAUUGAGGUCUCCCAUAGAAUCAGCUGCAAAUAAGGUUUCUGGCUCCCCUGCUGUAAAUGUCAGUCCUGUCAACUGUAAAGUGGAGAGGAGCUCGCCUGUCAGGCCAUCUCCAAUCCUUAAUGGAGUUGACCCUAUGGGUCUAAGUUUGGAGAAACCUAGAACCAUGGAAGAUGUGAUAGAUAGAACUAAACCUUGGCAGCUGUCUGAAAUUUUGGAUUCUAUCCAAUGCCGGCUAAUUACAAUGCCUGAGAGUGCAGAUGCUUCCAGCAAGGUUGUUCGGCUUUUAUAUACAAAUUCUGGUGCUGGAGUUUUGGCACUUGGGUCAAAUGGUAUUCAGAAACUGUGGAAGUGGACUCGUAAUGAACAGAAUCCUUCUGGGAAGGCCACUGCCAGCGUUGUUCCACAACACUGGCAACCCAACAGUGGUCUUCUUAUGACCAACGAUAUUUCUGGUGUCAACCUUGAAGAUGCAGUUCCCUGCAUUGCACUCUCAAAGAAUGACUCAUAUGUUAUGUCUGCUUGCGGUGGAAAGGUUUCAUUAUUUAACAUGAUGACAUUCAAGGUAAUGACAACGUUCAUGCCACCACCUCCGGCCUCUACUUUUCUGUCUUUCCACCCCCAGGAUAACAACAUCAUAGCCAUUGGGAUGGAGGAUUCAACGAUUCACAUUUAUAAUGUUAGAGUGGAUGAGGUCAAAUCGAAAUUGAAGGGUCACCAGAAGCGUAUUACUGGUUUAGCCUUUUCAACCAAUCUUAACAUACUGGUCUCAUCUGGUGCUGAUGCCCAACUUUGUGUGUGGAGCAUUGAUACUUGGGAGAAAAGAAAAUCAAUGACAAUACAACUACCUGCGGGAAAGUCUCCUGUUGGUGAUACCAGAGUCCAGUUCCAUUCUGAUCAACUUCGCUUAUUGGUAGUUCAUGAGAAUCAUUUGGCAAUAUAUGAUGCUUCCAAGAUGGAUCGCAUUCGACAGUGGCUCCCACAAGAUAUUCUGCCUGCUCCUAUAUCAUAUGCAACUUAUUCAAGCAACAGUGCGUUAAUAUAUGCUACUUUUUUGGAUGGUAACAUUGGGGUCUUUGAUGCUGAUAGCUUGAGGCUGAGAUGUCGUAUUGCUCCAUCAGCGUACUUAUCACCGGCAGCUUUAAGUGGAAGCCAAGCUGUGUCCCCGCUCGUGGUUGCAGCUCAUCCGCAAGAGCCCAACCAAUUCGCUGUGGGGUUCACUGAUGGAUCCGUUAAAGUAAUAGAGCCCUCUGAAUCAGAGGGAAAAUGGGGAUCUACUCCGCCUGUAGAUAAUGGAGUGCUAAACGUUAGGCAAGGACAAUCGUCUACUUCAAAUAUCCACCACACUCCUGAUCAGGCACAGAGAUAAGAUUCAUUGUAUAAGUGUAGCAUGUUAUUAGAUUUUGAUUUCCCCAUUUGUCUCUUGUCAAGAUCAGCUUGGCCAUAAAAGGGUAAAUGUUCAGGUUAUGUACUAAACUAGUGUAUUGUAGUCAACUUGUAAUUGGCGUUGGUUAUUUGUAAUGUGAAUAUGUUAAUUCUCUUCCCAUAUGAUAUGUUAUAAUGAAAUCUAUUGGUUACUGAA